AUGGCGGCCAACGACGGUUAUGAAACAGAAGUAGCUGCCUGGAAUCUGCAAAUUGCGGAUACUGAAGCACUUUUGGAGGCGCUUGAGGACCCUGAUUCACGCGCGGCAGCCCAAUUCUAUCUCGAAGAACUUCAACACACCAGGACUCUUCUUCAAGAUCGCCAUAUGGGUCAAAGCUUGGCGCAGGCAUUCGACAACGACGCUGAACUUUCAAGUGACAACGCCGAGACAAACGAACCAGCCACCGAGCAUCACGAAGAUCAAGAUAUGGCUAGUCUCGCAGCACUCGAUAUCCCAGCUCCGGUCGAAAUGGAGGAUCUCAACAAUCUUAUCCCCGAGAAGGCAGACAACACGUGUGUCAUCUGUCUCGACGAAAAUCUCCCCAGUUCUCAAGCCGCCUUGCGCCCAUGUGGCCACGCCUACUGCGGUCCAUGUAUCCAAGAGCAUUUCGACAAAUCUUUGCAAGAUGAGUCUAUUUUUCCUCCCGCUUGCUGCGAUCAAGAAAUCAUUCCCGAAGAGGUCAAUUCCUUCCUGAGACGCGGUACAAGACGACGCUUCUAUGAGAAAAAGAUCGAAUUCUUGACACCACACAACAGAAGAGUCUGUUGCUCCAACGUCGAUUGCGCCACAUUCAUUCCCAUGGAUACCCACGACUUGAUCAAUAACGACGCUACAUGCCAGAAGUGCCACACUAUCACCUGUAUUAUGUGCAAAGAAGCAACCCAUUGGGAUGUGGAGUGUACGGAAGAUCACGCCUUAAACCGCGUUUUGGAGAUUGGAAGAGAAGAGGGGUGGAAGCGAUGUGAGAACUGCCGUACCAUGAUCGAUCUUGCUCAAGGAUGCUUUCAUAUGAUGUAAGUGUUUCUUCAUGCCACUUUCUUUCUUCUAUCAAACAUUCUGACUUCGCAACAGCUGUGUAUGUGGCCACGAAUUCUGCUAUCUUUGCGGCGCGAGGUGGAAGACCUGCCCUUGCGAUCAAUUCGACGAGGCGCACCUCUUGGAUGGCCCUCCCCCCGACAACGAGAUCCAAAUCCAUCCACACGCCUUCUGUAACCCGGCGCGCCGCUGGGGACGUGUUGAGGGGGAGCACAUUUGCGAGAUCUGUUUCACUACGAUGCUGGUGUUCAUCCUAGAGUGUACAACGUGUGGAAUCCGGGCCUGCCAUCGCUGCAGAUACCACAUGAAUCCAGUGCAAUAA